AUGACCAGCUUGUGGGCAUCAGGCAGUGCCGAGCGUUUAGGCCAGCUUGCGCGCGAAAUUGAGCAGCGUGACAGCUGGCGUAGCUUCUUAACAGCUCAUGAACACAAACUCUUCCAAGAGGCGCUGGAAGCAGGGCCGGAAACGUGGGCCCUGUUCUUGGAUGGUAAGAUCGCUUGCCAACUUCAGGUGACCGAGUCUGUGAUACCUCAAUCCGAGACAUCUUCCGAAUCUCCCUCGGUAUCUACUGUGAAUCUUGAUCCAGUAAGUCUGGCGUUCAGAGUUAGGUACAUGCUUUACGAGAGAUCUAUUUCUGUCAUGUACAACUAUGCGACUCCCGAGGAUAUUUCGCCGUCCUUAUUGGACGGAAGCACAGCUAAUGGCCUUGGGACUACAGCAAUCAAAAGGAAUAGUGAUGAAGAUUAUGACGAUGAAUACGAUGACGACGAAGAGCCCGAGCCUGCUCCAGAGACAGUGCCUUCCGUGCUAAUCGCCAAAGUCGAGGAGGAGGCAGAACCAGAUAUGCACGCGCAUCGCGAAACGUUGCUAAACUACCACAAGAUGUACCAUACCUUCGAAACAGAUCGGGAGAGCGUUUUGAGAUUCAAGAAGCUCCAAGAUUCUAACCGGCAGAUGGAUGCCGAAACGGAGGCAGGCAGUAAAUCAAGCAUUGAGAGACUGGCAUCCACUGCUCAGUUCGGAGCAGCAAACCUCAGUCUCAAGCAUUUACUCUCAACGAUUGAUAAUAAACGCGACGAGCUUGGACUGACUGACGUCGAGCUUCGGAAUCUCAUCAGUGAUGUGCGUAAAAAUCGCUCUAAAUGGGCAAAUGAAGACCGUGUUGGCCAGGAAGAGCUUUACGAGGCUUGUGAAAGGGUAGUACAGGAUUUGAGAGCAACCACAGAGCACUCAACUGCCUUUCUUAAUCGAGUGAACAAGCGGGAUGCUCCAAACUACUACGAUAUCAUUACAACUCCCAUGGACCUAAACACGGUGAUGAAAAAACUCAAGGGGCUACAAUACAAUUCCAAAAAGGAGUUUAUAGAUGAUUUGAUGCUGAUCUGGUCAAACUGUUUGACCUACAACUCGGAUCCAAAACAUUUCUUACGAGCGCACGCGAUUGCAAUGCGUAAAAAGACCGUGGCGCUGGCGCCAUUAAUUCCCGAUAUUGCAGUUCGGGAUCGUGCUGAAGUAGAGGCUGAGGCUCAAGCUGAGGCUCAAGCUGAGCAGGAUCAGACUGAUGAGGUUCGUGGAAAAGGUGCGAAAGGCGUCAAACGCAAGCUUAACAAGGAUGGUGAGCCCGAACAGCCUCCUUCAGAACCAAAAUUAGCUUCUGGAACACCGACCGCUGAAGCUGUAGUCAAGGAAGAACCCGAUAGUGAAUCCUCGAGACCGUCGUCCGACGGGAAUGCAACUGCCCGCACCGAUUCUGUGGCUCCUGUGCAAAGCCCCACUAUGUCAGUUGCCUCUGGUGCAGGUGUUACUGAAGCCGAGACUGUUGAAGACACUCCUGCACCCGGUACACCAGAAGCUGAGGACGACAGCGAGCUUUUAGCAAGAUCACAAGAACCAGACGACUUGGAAUCGGUGAUCUGGACAAAGGCUUACAUGAAGCAGCGAACAAACUAUCUGUAUCAGCGCUAUUGUUUGUUUGGGCCCGAUGGAAUUGACCCCGAGGCCCACGUGCCAUUGCGAAAGCCGCAUGACAUGGCCAGGUUUUUAGAAGUACAAGAAAUGGCAGUAAAGAGUGUUCAUCAGCUCGCAGCUAGCCAUCGUGGACUUAAUAAUGAUGAAGAGGCGGUUUUGACGGAGUACGACGUGGCUAAUGGUCUGCCGCCGCCGCCUCAUCCCGAGGACCCUGAGCCGCCAAUUCCCCUCCUGGAGAAUCUCCCUGCUAGCCGGUACAUUUCUCGAGGUAAGUUUUGCUCUAUUUAUAAUCGGAACCUGAACAAGAUGCAGGCAAUCCGCAAGCUUUGUGCCCGAAUCAACCUUAUUCGAGAUUUGCAGUCAGGUUCGACCGUCGCAGCCCAAAUGCAACCGCCCGAGUAUGCUGAGAUCACCGAGCCGGAAGAAGACGUUUCGUCAAGGCUACCUCUUGCAGAACCGCUUUACAGACCAGCGUCUGUGAGUGGCCUACGGCGAUCUGUAGCCAAAAUCGCUAUGCACACUGGCUUCGAGAGCAGUCAGCUUACUGCCCUUGAUACGUUGACAGAGAUUGCUGGCGACUACAUGACCAACCUGGCGCGACUAUACAAGGAUUCUUUGGACGAUUAUGAAGCUACGGCAAGUCCUGAAGACAGACUUGUUCACAGUUUCCGCUCAAUGGGUAUCUCGCGGCCUGAUACAUUGGUGCGUUACAUGACGGACGAUGUUGUAAAGAUCGGCCGCAAGCUUGAGACCAUGAAGAAUAAGUUUGGAUCCUUGUUGGCUGAUAUGCUUAGACCCACGCUCGCUAAUUAUAAAGACGACCAGUUUGUCGAUGGCUCAGAUCAAUUUGUGCUCGGUGAAUUCUCGAAUGAGCUGGGUGACGAUUAUUUCGGGUUCAAGGAGCUGGGGAUCGACAAGGAGCUGGGAGUGGGGAAUAUUGCAGUCCCUUUCCACUUGUUGCAGCAGAAAGUCACCGCCAAUGUCGCAUUGGCAGGUGUCAGCCAUACCCCUUCAAGAGUCCAGCUUGUUCCAGACUACCCACCGCUUACCCCAGAGUCUAUUAGCAGGCUUCCAGGCAUCGUUCGAGCGUACUUUACGGAUAUAUUUGCUAAGACGCCUGAUUUGGUUGAGGAUGAUCGUCAACCACGGCAAAGAGGACGGCCCAGAAUCCCCGCUACAGGAAAGAUUCUUGUCAAAGCCCGGCCUGUGAGCAAAGCGUUUGAUAAACCUGAGCGCAUUGAGGAGCCCAAGAUCGAUGAUUUAUCCAAAAUAGACGACCUCACUGGCAAUUUACCAGACUUGUCGAGCACAGAGAUGCCGUCCAUGUCAGACUCGUUCAAUAACACUGUUGACCACGGACUGCUGUUACAGCGGCAGGACUCCCAAUCGAGAGACGUUGAAGGUGAAGAUAUUGACUUGGCGGUCAAUGCGUUCGAGACGUUUGGUGAGUUUAUGUAG